AUGGCAGAUAAUAUCCAUAGAACUAGAGUAGCUUUGAAUUCUAGUUCUCUGAUCUUACUUUCCUUUCAUAAAUGUAAGACUUUGGGAAAAUCAUUUAAGAAGUAUUUGGCCAAACGGUAUGAAGAAACAGUACUGCAGUCUACAUUUACCAGUCAGUUAUUGAAUGUGGGGAGUUGUUCAUCUGUCCAGCUUAAAGAAUAUUCCUGUAUAGUCAGUGUUACAAUUCUGCAAGAUUUAUUGGACUAUAUCUCUUCAAAGCAUUCCUACAUCAUAGAUCACCCUUUUAGACAUCCUCAGAAAUUGGAAGGUGUACAGUAUGUAGAACUGGACCAGCUUCAGCCAAAUACUUUAGUCCAUUUGAUACUGAAAGUUGUCAUUGUCACAAUACUAACAGAAGCAGUAUAUGGUUACAGAGGACAGAAGCCAAGAACAAUUAUUUUAACGGUAGAACAGGUCCAAGACCAACAUUUUAUACUUGUAUUAUGGGGUCCUGGAGCUGCUUGGUACUCAGAGAUUCAAAGGAAAAGGGAUCAUCUUUGGGAGUUUAAGUAUCUCCUCACUCAGUAUAAUUCCACAUUAGGAAAUCUAGAAUUGCACAUGACCCCUUGGUCCUCUUGUGAGUGCCUCUUUGAGGAUGACACGAGGGCAGUUGAAUUUAAAGCAAAGUUCCAAAAAAGGGAAAGUCACCUUGUGAACAUCUCACAUUUUUCUGUCCUUCUGGAAGAGAAGCGCUCAGGAGUGGUACAAGUAAAAGCUCAGAUAUUGGCAUUUGUGUUUCCUGUUGUUGCCCACAACAGCCAGCAGCUUGUCCUAGAUGCUAGCUCUUCUCUGGAGGAUAUUCUGACAUGUCUCCCCACCAUUAUGUGUUCAGGCUGUGGAAAAUGUGGACUGGAAUUAGAAACAGACAAGAACCAGAUCUACAAGCAGUGUGUCAGUUGCUUGCCAUUUACUAUGGUGAAAUUUUACUACAAGUCAGCUCUCAUGACUGUGUCUGAUGGCAAGAACAAGGUUUGCAUUCAUGUAGGAUCAGAGAUGAUGCAGAAGAUUCUUCUCAAUAUUCCACCUGAUUGGUUAAGCAGAGUUGUAGUCCUGUCCUCAGGUAUCACAUAUGGUAUGGUUGCAGCAGACCUGUGCCACUCGUUGCUAGCAAGCAGAGAAAGAGCUUACACACUGAAAGUUCAGAGCCUUUUUAUUCUAGAUGAAAAUAGCUACCCUUUGCAACACGACUUCUAUCUGCUGGAUUUUCGUACUGACUUUGAAGCAUGA